CAGAGGGAAAAAAUGAUCCAAUUGAAGUUGGAUUAAUCCAGUUGAAGAUGGAGGGCUAAUGCAACAGUGGAGAGCAAAACAGACAAUGGUGGCUUGGGUUAGGAUGGUGACAGUGGAGAUGUAUUACGUAUAAUCGUUUUCAGUUUUUCUUCCUAUGCUCCCUAGUCAUACAUAGAUACCUCAGAUUCUCAGCGAUUCCUUCUUUUUGCUUUGAUCACUUCUCUUUUCUGUUCCCUUCAUCAAAUAUGUAGGGGGAAAAGGUACAAGAUCACCACCAGCUUAGUACUGUUGAUGAACCCCGAAUCCAGGACAGUAUUUGACACAUCAAGCUGAAAGCAGCUGCCCUGGGAGUCAGGAGGGGCCCUUUGGCUGGCACCACCACAACUUGUAUCCCUGGAAGGAGACUGGCAUCCACUGGAGCUACUUCAAAACUGGUUGUCUGGGCAAAGCCAGAACUGACUUUGGGAGCUGGAUCCAACCAGCAGAGAAGAAACCAGAACCAUGAUAGAAGACUGGAAAAGAAAGCUGAGUAAAAAGAUGCAGCAGGUCAUGGUAUCAGAUGAGAGUCCUGGACCACUAAGCCAGCUGCUUUGUAUCCCUGAUAACAAGCUCCUGCAGGAAAGAGCUCCAGUGUCUCCUCAGUAUCCUGCCUUUGCCAAAGAUGGAAGCCAAGGAACCCUGCCGGGAGCAAAUAUCACACUGAUGAGCCAGGCCCAAGAGUCCCUGACAUUUGAGGACGUGGCUGUGAACUUCAGCUUUGGGGAAUGGCAGUGUCUGACCCACAUUCAGAAGUGCCUCUAUAAAGACGUGAUGUUGGAAAAUUACAGGAACAUGGUAUCACUUGGAUUUCCAUUUCCUAAACCUUCUUUGAUCUCCCAUCUGGAGCAAGAGACAGAGCCCUGUGUCCAGGAUCCACAGGACAGGGAGUUCCUGAGCUGCUCUCACCCAGGCUCUUCCCUGAUGUGGAGUCCUGAGCCUUCUACCAUUGCUUAUUCUAUUCUCUCUUCUUGUGAAUAUCAGCUGACAAGACAUGGCCUGAGAAUAAGAAGGCAAGUUCAGAACAGGAGGUUUCUGAAACUAGAGAACUCUGCUGGAUGA